GGAAACCUAUAGAUAGCAAUCCAAUCCAAACCAAUCCCCACGAAGUAAGACCAUGCAUGCAAAUUGAGAGUCGACCAUUUUUCAUCGUUGACAUUCUCACAAAAAUGGAACAGUUGUUCGACAAGUUCUUCGAUUCCGUCGCUAACCUUUUCAGCGGUGGCGGUGGCGAUGAGAUCCCCUGGUGCGAUGGCGACGUCAUCCACGGGUGUGAGAAAGAAGUAGCAGAGGCCAACAAGGGUGACUCGGAUGAACACAAGAGCGAAAGCAUUAUGCGGUUGUCAUGGGCGCUUGUUCACUCAAGGCAACCGGAAGAUGUGCAGCGUGGAAUUGCAAUGCUUGAAGCUUCAUUGGCCAACAGUAGCUCCCCUUUGCAUCAAAGAGAGAAGCUUUACCUUCUGGCUGUUGGAUACUUCAGAACCGGGGAAUAUUCAACUUGCCGGCAUCUAGUGGAGCAAUGCUUAGAGAUUGCCCCUGAAUGGAGACAGGCUCUGACCCUUAAGAAGACCGUCAAGGAUAAAAUAGCUAAAGAUGGCUUUGUUGGAAUCGGCAUUACUGUUAGUGCUGUUGGGCUUAUAGCAGCUGGGAUUGUUUCCGCAUUGGUUCGCAGGUGAUACUGAUAGCCAUAAGCCAAUAGUGUUCAUAAUGACUUGCUAUCAAUUACCCUUAUCAGACUGAGAAUAGGGUAACAAAUUCUCCAGCUCCACACCUUUUAUUUUCUGGGGAAAAAAUAGCUUUAAAUCCAAUGUAUUUUGUGCGGGAAUUAAUAGGUUCUUUCCCUCCUGCUAUGUUAAUCAUUUGAUAAUGCUUACUAUGUUUUGCCAUUAUAUCGACAAGUUUACACUGCAAAUAUAU